GGAGGAAUAACUUGUAGGGAAGACAUAUGCGACGGAGGAGUUGUAACUGGCGGCCUCUGUGAUCGACGAAAGUCACUUGAACAACGUGUCGAUGGAAGAUGCACCUUGCACCGGUCUCCACACUAGAGGAACCCAUCAGGUUUUGCAAAUCUUAUUUUCACUCCAAUGACAAAGAAGAGUUCUAAAAAAUCCUCAAGACAAGCACAAGAGACUACUGUUGCAGAAGAGCAAAAACCAUCUCCAGCACAUAAAAAACAAGGUAGUGAGAUUGACGAGAUAUUUGCAGGGAAAAAACGGAAGAAAUCUGAAGCGAAAAAAACAGAAACAUCUCAAUAUGUAGCUAAGAAACCCAAGAAAUCAAAGAAGAAUGUGAGGAAGAAAAGCAAAGGGUCAGCAGGUGUUGGAGAUUUUCCAGACCCACCUUCUGGACCUAGAAAAACAACAGAGGAUGGGCUUGCCAUCUACACUGAAGAGGAGUUGGGUAUCAACAAAGCAGAAGCUGGAACUACCCCACUCUGUCCAUUUGAUUGCUCCUGUUGCUUCUGAUGACAGCAAUCAUUUUUUUCCUCUGAUAUACAUUGUAGGAUCUAUACACCCAGACCUUGGCAGUCUGGCACACAGCAAUCAACUUUUAUGCUUGAAUAAAGUUUCAAUGUGAUUCAUAGAUACACUAUAGUUUAUUUUUUGCGAUUGAAAUUAGGUAGCUUAUUGAUUAUUAGCAACCAAAAAAAAAAAAAAAUAUAGGUGCUUCAAUCCCGCGACAGUGUGUAUCUGUUGUAUUUCCAUAUUUUGCAUACUAUGUCAUUAUACCAUUCCAGUCAGUUUCAUGUGCU